GUGACGGAGCAGCGGAAGGGGCUGAAGAAGUUCUGCGCCAUGCAGUGCGGGGCGAUCUGGAACGAGAGCCCUGACCCGUGCGACCCACAGCGCAAGGUCAUCAGGUGGGAGUACGACACCGAGGACGCGUCGGCCCCCUCGUCCUCGCAGGGCUCGUGUUGCUGGCUAUGCGGCAAGACUUGGCGCACCAAAGUGAGGCACUUGCAGGAGGGGCCUGACCAGGAGAGGGAGCACUAUGCCAAGCAACUUGGCAAGGACAACACGAAAAGGGAGGCCUUCCAGCAGAAGCGCAGCGAGACCAAGGAGUCCGUGAUAAAGAGGAUGCUGAAGACAAAGAGGAGUCCAGGCUCGGCAGCCGCUCUCGCCUUCCCCGCUCUCCCCCACUUCAAGUCCGCGGCUGUCGCCGACCUCGGACCCCCCGCGGCCCCGGCUUGCCCUUGGGGCAGGGCUCCACAGUGCGGGCUGGGGAAGGCUGCAGCCGCGGCCUUGUCGCGUUGCUUGCGGCCCUCAGGCCGCAAGACGAAGCAGAGGUUCCACGUGAGGAAGAAGAGGUAUCAGAAUCGUUUCCUGGAGAAACCUGAUGAUUUAUUUUACCCGAUGGCGCAGUAUCGCAAACUUUUCGGUGACCCGAAGUUGCCCAAGAAUAAAGCUCUCAACCACGUCGUGUGCGUCAUGGAAGGCAUCCGCGGCGUGGCCGUCCCGGGAUCGAAAGGCGACGAGCCAAUGAAGAUCAAGACUCAGCUCGGUUCCACCUUGGAGCACGAGGAGUCCGAGGAUUUGGGCAGCGAGUCUGGGGAGUCCGCGGCAGCCGAGAAGUUCGCCGACUUGACGAAGGCAAGCACGGAAGCGUACAACAGCGUAUGCAGGGGCGCCGUGUUCAGCGUGCUCCAGGAAUGCAUGAUGGACGAAGAAGAUCGACAGAACGAGGCUGCCAAGCUGAAGAAGGCGCAUCAGCAGAAAAAGCGGCGCGCCGCCAAGGCCAAGGCGCCGGCCAAGAAGGCCAAUUCCAUGUGCUUCUUCGUCCGGGCGGCGAACGACUCCGACACCGACGACGACCUCUACUCGGACGACGGAGGCGCGCCACUUGCCAAGAGGGCUCCAACUUCAGCCAGCACGACAAAGGUGGUAAAGGCAACAUCGAAGUCGAAGACAAAGGCAAAGGCGGCGAAGGUGGGUGGCACUGGUGACAAAGAAGAUGGAGUAGGCGACGAUGACACAGACCAAGAGAAAACAGCAGGUCGACCAAAACUGGACGUCAAGGAGACGUUGAAGGAAAAUCGUCGCUCGUGGAGGCAGUGCAACGAGCGGUCCAAUUACUUCGGCAGCGAUGCGACGACCAAGAUCCGUUCCCUCGUGCGUUGGGCUGGGGUUGCGCGCAACAAAGCAGCAGCUACCAAAGACGAGACAGAGAAGCAUGCCUUCGAACUCAUUGCCAAAACGUUCCAGGUGAUGGAGAUGGGCUGUAAGCUUUAUAAGAAAUGGAAGAACCGCCAAGGAGGAGAUGCUGACAAGCAUUUCGUGAGCUUCGACGAGGAGUGGAACUCGUUGACCGCCUUCGCGCUGGCCGACCCGCCCGUCGAGAUCGAUUGCGAGUUCUUGUGGCGCACCAACAUCACGCUCAAGGCCGCGAGACCGUUCGACUGUGCCGACUCCCUGGUGCAGUUGCUCACGCGCUCGCAAUUGGCGACGAUGUUCGAGGCCCGGGCGCCGAAUGGCGCGGUGCCGUUGACGGACAUCCUGAUGGCCGAUGAGCGGACCCCCGCGAGUGACGAGGCUGGCCCCGUCAAGGAGGCCGGCCCUCUGCCGGCCCACCUCUUGGAGGCCGCGUCGAAGCAGGCGAAGUAUUUUGGCGAGUUUCUCACGGCUGCGCUGACGAGCGCGCGCCCGUUGGGCUACGUCAAGGCAGAGUUGGGCAAGGCGUUGAAUGUUAUCUUGAAGCAGAUCGCGAGUGCCCCCGAGGAGUACGACCCAAGCGUCGUGGCGCAGUUGCGAGACGUCCAGGCGCUCGUCCAGUUGCCGAAGGCGACGUUCCAGGUGGAGCCGCUGCAGCGUCUGGUGAAGGCCGACGCGUCGGUGGCCAUGGCCUGA